AUGAGCAAAUCAAUGGAUAAAAAGGAAGUCCUGCAAGCUAUAGUAAUAGGCGAUUCGUACAAUGAAAACUUCCAACCAUUUACUGGUACAUCGCCACUGGCUUUGCUGCCAAUCGUAAACGUGCCGCUGGUCGAUUUUACACUCGAAACGCUGAGUCGAAACGGAGUGGAAGAGGUCAUCAUGUUUUGCAGCAACCACAUCGGCGAAGUCAAGCGCUACAUCCAGCAGCGUCAAGCCGAAAAGUGCACCUGGUCUAUUAACAUGUCGGUUACAAUUAUCAGCUCAACUUCGUGUCGCAACCUGGGAGAAGCGUUGCGUGAUUUAGACGCCAAACACAUCAUUCGGGGCAACGUGCUGCUGCUGAGCAUUGAAAGCAUCACGAAUGCGAACUUGGCACUGCUGCUGGAUGAGCACAAGCGUCUCAUGAAAGUGGAUAAUGGUGCCGUGAUGACGAUUGUUCUGAAAGAUGGUGUUGCAGGUAUGCGGACCGGUAACGAGUUGUUGAUUGCGGUGGAACCUUCUACUCGUCGUCUGCUCUUCCAUCAACGUUUGACCCAGCAGCAAACGAAAGACAACUUUGAGCUUCCACUCGAGAUGUUUCUCACCAAUCGUGAUGUGACAGUAUGCCACGGAGUUCUUGAUCCCCAGAUUGCAGUGUGCAGUCAAAUGGCAUUACCAUUGUUUGCUGAUAAUUUUGAUUUCCUUACGCGCGAUGACUUUGUUCGUGGCGUGCUAAUCAAUGAAGAAAUUCUAAACAGCCGCAUUUACGUCAGCAAGUUGGCGCGGGAAGAAUAUGCCAUGCGCGUCAACAAUUGGCAGAGCUACCAGAUGGUAAAUUUGGACGUUAUCAAUCGUUGGGUGUAUCCGUUAGUGCCAGAUAUGGGCAUCAGCCAGUUCCUUCAAUACUACAAAUGCUAUCGGAACAACAUCUAUCGCCAUGGCGAUGUGCGACUGGCGCGUUCCAGCAAAUUGGUCGGCGAUUUGGUAAUCGAUAAACAAAGUUCCAUUGAUGAAAAUACGUACAUUAAUCAAUCGACGAUUGGUAAAAACUGUGCCGUUGGAAAAGGUUGUCGAAUUGAAAACAGUUUCUUGUUUGAAGGCGCUAAAGUUGGCGACGGGUGCGUGCUGGAUCAUUGCCUGAUCGGGAUGGGUGCAUCAGUUGGUUCCAAUUGUAACAUUUCGGAAGGCACUGUACUGGGAGCAAAUGUAGAAAUACCCGCUGGUAUGAAAAUCGUCAAGCUUCUUGUACAAGCAACGGCACCGGAAAGCGAAUGGGCUGGCGUAUCGAAAAAACUGGCGGAUCGCGCAUUCACCGUGCCGGAUGAACAAAACGAUGAAGAUUCCAAUUCUGAUGACGAAAACGAAGCUAAUCUUUUCGAUCAACCGACCUAUCUCUCAGUGCUGCCAAGAGCGUAUUCUCCAUCUAUUUAUGAACCAUCUGACGAGGAGUCCGAGUCUGGAGAAGCAUCUCCUGUACAGGAGGAUGCGAACAUUUUCCUAUCGGAAGUGGUGGAAUCGUUGAAACGUGGUUUUGCGGAGCAAACCAACGCAGAGUAUUUGAUACUGGAAAUCAAUUCAUCUCGCUAUGCAUACAAUAUGUCGCUGAGUGAGGUUAAUUUCUAUGUAGUAAAAGCUAUUUUGCAAAUUUUAGUGUUGCAGGAAAACGUUGAAACGAACACUGUUGCAACGUUGCGCAAAAUAUUAGCAUACUUUGGUGUUGUGUUUAAAAACUAUAUUCGCGAUAACGAUGCUAUGCUCGACUGCUUGAAAGCGUUCGAAGAGAUGAGUCAAUCGAAUGAAACGAUUCGCAGCAAAAUUGCACAACUGGUGCACUAUCUGUACGAGAGUGAUUUGAUGAGAGAAGAUGUUAUUAUUGAAUGGUACGAAGACUUGGACGACGAAUCGCUGAAGAAGGCACUCUGCAAGUUGGUGGAAUGGCUAAACGAAUCCAGUGACGAAGAAGGGGAAGAAGACGAUGAGUGAGGAUGAAACGAUGUUCAAUACGUUUUCUAGA